CAAGAACCCAUAAUUUUGUACUUUUUAACAGCUACAUGUGGUCAGAUGUUAGCAUUAAGUACAACGUGAGUGUGUGCGAGAGCUGUAGUGACUGUGUUUGCUUGUGUCGCUGCCUUAAUGACUCAGUCGGUUGUUGUUCAGGUGGGACAGUGUGGGAACCAGGUUGGAUGCAGGUUUUGGGACCUGGCUUUGCGUGAACACGCUCAUGUCAACAAAACAGGAGUGUAUGAUGAAGCUCUCAGUAGCUUCUUCAGGAAUGUGGACUCCAGGAAAGCUGAUAGUGGAGCCUGUGCUGUAGGAGGGAGAAUCCAACAUCUUAAGGCCAGAGCUGUGCUUGUGGACAUGGAGGAGGGUGUGGUCAACGAGAUCCUCCAGGGUCCACUGAGGGAGGUGUUUGACAGCACGCAGCUCCUCACAGACGUGUCGGGUUCAGGCAACAACUGGGCAGUUGGUCACAUGACUUACGGCUCAGCCUACAGGGAGCAGAUUGUGGACAAACUUCGAAAGGCGGCAGAGCACUGUGACUGUCUGCAGUGCUUUUUCCUCAUUCACUCAAUGGGAGGAGGCACUGGUUCUGGUUUGGGUACCAGAGUGCUGAGCCUGUUAGAGGAGGAGUUCCCAGAUGUUUGUCGAAUCGUCACUUCAGUCUAUCCAUCUGCAGAGGACGAUGUCAUCACCUCACCUUACAACAGUGUCCUGGCCAUGAAUGAGCUCACAGAAUACGCCAACUGUGUUAUUCCUGUGGAAAACCAGUCAUUGGUUGACAUUGUAAACAAGAUCAAACACAUGUCUGAUGGUGGAAUGGCAGGGCCAGUAAUCAAAAAAGACAGCACGAUCAUCUCUGGACGCGGCGGGACCAGUGGCAUGGAGAAACCAUUUGAUGCUAUGAAUAACAUUGUUGCUAACUUGCUGCUCAACAUAACCAGUUCAGCGCGCUUUGAAGGUUCUCUCAACAUGGAUCUAAACGAGAUUGCCAUGAACCUGGUGCCUUUCCCUCGGUUACAUUACCUGAUGCCCAGCCUCACUCCACUCUACACACUGGCAGAUGUUAAUGUUCCAACCAGAAGACUGGACCAGAUGUUCAGCGAUGCCUUCAGUAAAGACCAUCAGUUAAUCAGAGCUGACCCCAAACACAGCCUCUACCUGGCCUGUGCCCUCAUUGUGAGGGGCAAUGUGCAAGUGUCUGACCUUCGCAGGAACAUUGAAAGACUCAGGCCAUCACUUCCCUUUGUCUCCUGGAACCAAGAAGGCUGGAAGACAGGUCUGUGUUCAGUUCCUCCUGUGGGUCACUCACACUCUUUGUUGGCUCUGGCCAACAACACCUGCGUCAAGUCCAGAUUCAUUGAUCUGAGAGAACGUUUCACCAGGCUCUACAGGAAGAAGGCACAUCUACAUCACUACCUUGAUGUAGAAGGCAUGGAGCAGAGCUUCUUUUCAGAGGCCGUCACCUCUCUCUCCUCACUGAUUGAAGAGUAUAAUCAACUGGAUGCCACUAAAAACAAAGUCAUUCAUGAUGCCCCCAGACUGAGCAUCGCUACAUGAAGAAACUCAUUUAUUUAAAAUGGAAAAGACUUUUCAAAGAUCUUUUGUACUUUCAUAGUUUUCCAUAUUUAUUGUCUUUGUUGUUUAUUUUAUAUUUUUACCUGAAUAAAUAUUUUCUACUGUGUGUUAUAGCUGGGUUUGUGUGUUAUAAGUGCGUAGUAUUCAAUUGCAUGUUUAACUUGUCUCAGUCUUGCAUUUUUAAAUAAUCAAUGGAUUAACCCAUAAUGAGAGAAACUAAACUUAAUAACAUAUCCAUAGUUUUGGCUUGUUUUUCAGUGCUUCUACUCUUCUCACUACUGCUGAUGACCUCUUCUUUAUUUUUUCUCUAUGAAACUAAUAGUGUCGGUU